CUGAUGAUGCUGGCUAGCGAGCUGCCUACGCUACGGAACUUAGCAUGUAGCAAGCUAGCUUCUAUGGUAUUUUUUUUUUUUGGUACUGUUGACACGUUUCGCUAGUGUUUGCCAGACGGACGCCGCGUUGGAGCCGUGUGCGACAAAAAGUGUUGUGGAAUACACGCUCUUCAGUGUUUUAAGACCUGGAUCUGCAUCUAAACCUUGAGAUUUUUAUGAUGUUCAAAGACUUCAUCGCAUCGCCUGACUCCUCGGCUCAUCAACUCACCUAUAAAUGAGUAAACCCAAACUUGAUCCUCCAUCCCCACUUGACGUGAUUCACGAUGAUCAUUUGCGUUGACACAACCCUGCCCUCUGGGACGAGAACCCGCCAUAACCCGGCUCAUCCAAUGAUAUGAUAGUAGCUGCCUGGAUCAGUUACUGUGCCUGCAGGAGCCUCGCACAGGUUCUGCUACUCCUUUCCUCCGCAAACACCUUUUCAUCCCUGUGGGAGACCCUCGCCGGCCGUGGAGCCAUGGGGAACAGCUGCGUGUGCCGGGAUGACAGCGACUUGGAGGACCAUCACGGGGCGUCCAGGGGGUCGAGGGGACAGGCCAGGCGGACGGAUCACGGGACAGGCGCGACCGUCGACGCUGGGGAGUCUCGUGGCGGUCGCCCGAGGGACCCUGUCAGACCCCCGCGGAGGGGGCGUGGACCCCACGAGCCACGGCGGAAGAAGCAGAAUGUGGAUGGCUUGGUGCUGGACACGCUGGCUGUCAUCAGGACCCUUGUGGACAAUGACCAAGAGCCCCCCUAUUCCAUGAUCACAUUGCACGAGAUGGCAGAGACUGAUGAUGGCUGGCUGGAGGUUGUCCAGUCUCUGAUUCGAGUGAUACCAUUGGACGACCCACUUGGGCCUGCAGUCAUCACCCUGCUGUUGGACGAGUGUCCCCUACCCACUAAGGAUGCCCUCCAGAAACUCUCAGACAUGCUGAGUCUGAGUGCGGCUGUGGCUCGACAGGACGCUCUGAGCCCUUCCAAACACAGAAACACCACAGCUGUCUUGGGAUGUCUGGCUGAGAAACUGGCUGGUCCCGCCAGCAUUGGACUGUUGAGCCCUGGAACUCUCGAGUACCUUCUAGAAAGCUUGAGCUCUGAAGCACACCCCACUGUCAUGCUGUUUGCUCUGAUUGCCUUGGAGAAGUUCUCUCAAACCAGUGAGAACAAACUGACAGUGUCCGAGUCAUGUAUAAGCAGCAGACUGGCUGUGUUGGAGUCAUGGUCGGAGCAUCCUGACUACCUGAAGAGGCAGGUCGGAUUCUGCUCACAAUGGAGCUUAGACAAUUUAUUUCUCAAAGAAGGGCGUCAAUUCACCUAUGAGAAGGUCAACCUCACCCAUAUCAACGCCAUGCUCAACAGCAACGACGUCAGCGAGUACCUCAAAAUCUCCCCUAGUGGAUUAGAGGCACGGUGCGACGCCUCCUCAUUUGAGAGUGUACGUUGUACUUUCUGUGUGGAUUCUGGCAUUUGGUACUAUGAAGUGACGGUCGUUACAUCGGGUGUGAUGCAAAUCGGAUGGGCCACCAAGGACAGCAAGUUCCUCAACCAUGAGGGUUACGGGAUUGGCGAUGACGAAUACUCGUGUGCAUACGAUGGCUGCAGGCAGCUUAUCUGGUACAAUGCUCGCAGUAAACCUCACGCUCACCCCUGCUGGAAGGAGGGAGACGCUAUCGGCUUCCUGUUGGACCUCAGCAAAAAGCAGAUGAUCUUCUAUCUGAACGGACAUCAGCUGCCGCCAGAAAAACAGGUUUUCUCUUCAGCAACGUCUGGCUUCUUUGCGGCGGCCAGUUUUAUGUCAUACCAGCAGUGUGAGUUCAACUUUGGCGCCAAGCCUUUCCGCCACCCGCCCUCAGUCAAGUUCAGCACCUUUAACGACUUUGCGUCACUGCUUCCCAGUGAAAAGAUCAUCCUGCCCAGGCAUCGGCGCCUGGCUUUACUGAAACAGGUUAGCAUCCGGGACAACUGCUGCACGCUGUGCUGUGACGUCAUGGCUGACACAGCGCUGCGGCCCUGUGGACACGGGGGUAUGUGUAUGGAGUGUGCCUUACAGUUAGAAACGUGCCCCCUGUGUCGCCAGGACAUCCAGACUCGCGUCAGACUCAUUGCACAUGUCUCCUGACACACUCUAACCUGCUCCUGUAAGGAGAGAUGCACAAGCCCUACAGACACCUCCCCCUCUAAGCCCCUCUGGCCCAGCCGGCGUGGAGGAUGGUUCCGCAGUGAAAGCAUCCGAGCUAUGCGUUCUGGUCAGAGGAGGCCUUGAUGGAGGGGUGACGAUAGGAAGCAGACGAGCGGAUGGGGAAGCCAACUGCAGCAGGAUUCCUGUGAGCUUCUCACUCAUUUAGCCAUGCCUCCUCUUUUGUAUUCUUCUGAGAGCAGAAGCCAGACAGACGCUCUGAAGGAGGGAGCAGAAACAAUUAAUCACAUCAAAACCAACCUCUAUAAUCUGUAAGAUCCAAUUUUGCGAACCUCUUUUCACAAAAGAUCCUAUUGUAUUCUUGUUUAGAGGACACUACAUAAUCACAUCAUACACACACACAAUGGGCUCUGCAAGGUAGUAGUAAUGAAUGAGGGUGGGCGAUACUGCAAAUUUGGUAAAUCCAAGGCAAGUAUUGUAGAUAUUGAUGCGUUUUUCUUUAAUAUACAAAGGACUUUAAAUGAUUUUCAAAAUUUGCCUUUAAUUGGCUAAUUAGAAUAAACACAGGACAAAGGUUCUAGCCCCCAAAAUGUCAACAAACAGUAUAAAUAGAACAAUUAUAAAACAAAGUAACAACAUCAAUAAAAUAGUUAUUCCCUUUAUUACAAUUAUUUGAGCAAAAUAAAGUCAAUAGUGCAAAAUAAUUCAACAAAAACUACAGCUAGCUCACGUUGAAAUAUUUGAAGGUUUGCCUCAAAAUGUAACAAUAUCAGCAAUGUAACAGUAUCAAUAACUCUAAAACCACAGAUAUUGUUUGACACUCAGUGACAAUAAACAUCAGUGUUUUCCCACAGGGUGUCAAAUUUACACAAUUGGCCAUGACGCAUUUGUAAAAAUUGAGUUAAAAACAAAAAGGCAAAACACAUUUUUUUUCAAGCUAUUAGCAAACUGGUUUCUUUUUGUUGUUAAACUACAGCUAGCUCACGUUCAAAUAUGUGACGGUUUGCCUCCAAAUGUAACAAUAUCAGCAAUGUAACAGUAUCAAUAACUUUUAAAACCACAGGUUUUGUGUGACACUCAGUGACAAUAAACAUCAGUGUUUUCCCACAGGGUGUCAAAUUUACACAAUUGGCCAUGACACAUAUGUAAAAAUUUAGUUUAAAAAAAAAAAGCAUAACAAAUAUUUUUAAAGCUAUAAGCAAACUGGUUUCUUUUUGUUGUUAAAAAUGCCACAAACAAGAUUGAACUGUCUCUGAUUGCACCCAGUGUUCCUGGUAAAAAGCUAUAGCCUCCAAAAUUCCCUUCCAGAUUUGUCGCUUGUCACUUUUUUGAAGAAAAGUAUAAUAGAGACGGGUACUUGCUAAAUUAUAGAGAUAAAGUUGCCUAGUUGGCAGCACUGGUACCUCCCGUUUUGUUGUAUUGUUUGGCAGACCAGGUGCAUUAAAAUGUGUUAAUGAGGGUGGGAAAACAGGUAUUUGCAAAUCUAUUUGUGGUGGUCCAAAAUUUGGCAGGCCGCCACAAAUAAAUGAAUGUAUGGGAAAACACAAGAGUAAAACUGAUUUCAUCACACUAGGAAUCAUCCAAUUCUUAAUACCACUCUUGGUAUCAAUAUGGUAUAUAUUAAGGUGAAUGGUCCCACCCGUUGUUAUGGACACAUGUGGUGGUAAUAAGCCCAAAGUACAGACAAACAUUAGUGGAUGUAAAUCCCCAAACAGCAUUGUUAUUGUCUUUGCUCUGUGUACCAUCGCUAUCUCUUGGUUCCUGUGCUGAUCCAUUUCACAUAUCUGCAGCAAUGUCAGACUUCCGUGUACAAAUGUCAACAAAAACAUGCAGUUUACUCAUUUAGUUUACAAAAUGUAAAAUAUCUGAUCUUACCAGAAGACUUCACUAGUCUUUUAUCACAACCAUUAAGGAAGCAAAGAGUGAUCCGGUACUGUAAAGAUUUUCAACUUAUUCAUUUGCGCUUGUGUGUCGUGCUUUAUUUAUAAACUCAGAUUUGGAUUGUUCACUGUCAUCAGUCUAACAGAAGCUUAUUUGGUCCCAGUAUAAUUGUGGAUAAUGUUGAUAAUAGGAAAAGUAUCCGUCUUGAGUUUACUUUAUGGGCACUAAAAAAAUAUAUCCAACAUUUGGUUUUGAAAGAUGGAGUAUCAGUUACAUCUGGGGUUUUCAAAGUGGUCAGCCUCAUCUUCUCCCACUCACAACUGUUUAUUUACAUAUCAACACACGCCCCCAACUGUAGACACUCUCACUACAAGAACUACAAAUAAUUCCUAUAUAUUUUCAACAUCGCUUAAGCUGAGCAGCUAUUAAAACAUAUUUUAAACUGAGGUUGAGCUUCUGACUCCUCGCACUUUGAAAACUCCAGAGUUGGAUUGUUGUAAAAGCAAAUGUGAAACGUCAAUGUGAGUGAUGUAUCCCCAAGUCUGGCAUAUGUGUUUGCAAUUCUAUUAUUUAAUUCUCUUAAGUCUGUUUGUUUACAGAAGUAUAUUGGCACCAAAAUUCUACUCUAUCCCCUUAGUUACAAACAAAUGAGACUUCUUUAAGCUAACUAGACGGGUAUGUAGGGGUGGGCAAUAUCUGGCACAUUGAUCUGGUACCAAGUAAAAAGAGGGCCAAUAUUACAGAUAACUUUACUUUUCACUUGAAAAUAUUCAAAUUUUCAUUGCCUUACAUUAGUUGAUUGGGAUUUUAAUCAAAAUAAAACACAGGCGGAAGAUUUUUGGUAAUCUUAUUUGUGAACAAUUUAACAAUAUCUACAUAUUCU